AGCCUUGGAUCCCUCAACGUAUUGCGAGACGCCGGUGUAUAGCCCGGACCUGUGCCCCAACAUGAUCGCCGCUCAGGCCAAGCUGGUUUACCAGCUCAAUAAAUACUACACUGAGCGCUGCCAAGCGCGCAAGGCGGCCAUCGCCAAGACCAUCCGAGAGGUCUGUAAGGUGGUCUCGGACGUGCUAAAGGAAGUGGAGGUGCAGGAGCCUCGCUUCAUCAGCUCCCUGAGCGAGAUCGACGCCCGCUACGAGGGGCUGGAGGUCAUCUCGCCCACGGAAUUCGAGGUGGUGCUCUACCUAAACCAGAUGGGCGUCUUCAACUUCGUAGACGACGGCUCCCUGCCCGGCUGCGCGGUGCUCAAACUGAGUGAUGGGCGGAAGCGGAGCAUGUCUCUCUGGGUCGAGUUCAUCACUGCGUCCGGCUACCUCUCGGCGCGCAAGAUCCGCUCGCGUUUCCAGACCCUGGUGGCUCAGGCAGUGGACAAGUGCAGCUAUCGAGAUGUGGUCAAGAUGAUCGCGGACACCAGCGAGGUCAAGUUGCGCAUCAGGGAGCGCUACGUGGUGCAAAUCACCCCUGCGUUCAAGUGCACCGGUAUCUGGCCUCGCAGUGCGGCACAGUGGCCUAUGCCCCAUAUCCCCUGGCCUGGCCCCAAUCGGGUAGCGGAGGUCAAGGCCGAAGGGUUCAACUUGCUGUCGAAGGAAUGCUACUCACUGACCGGCAAGCAGAGCUCCGCGGAGAGUGAUGCCUGGGUGCUCCAGUUCGGGGAGGCUGAGAACCGCCUGCUGAUGGGCGGCUGCCGAAACAAGUGUCUCUCGGUGUUGAAGACGCUGCGGGAUCGCCACCUGGAGCUGCCGGGCCAGCCGCUCAAUAACUACCACAUGAAGACGCUGCUGCUGUACGAGUGCGAGAAACACCCGCGGGAAACGGACUGGGACGAGGCGUGCCUCGGCGAUCGGCUCAACGGCAUCCUGCUGCAACUCAUCUCCUGCCUGCAGUGCCGCCGCUGCCCUCACUACUUUCUGCCCAACCUCGACCUUUUUCAGGGCAAGCCCCAUUCGGCCCUGGAGAGCGCUGCCAAGCAGACCUGGAGGUUGGCCAGGGAAAUUCUCACCAAUCCCAAAAGCCUGGACAAACUAUAG